AUGCAAAAAGCAGAUAUACCAACAAACCAAAAUAAGGAUAUUUCCCGUUUGCUUCGCGAUGAAGUACCCUUGUUCGACAACUCUAUAACUUCGAAAGAUAAAGAAAUCAUCGAAACACUCUCGGAAAUAUAUUCCAUCAUAAUCACAUUAGAUCAUGUGGAGAAAGCAUACUUGAAGGACUCCAUAAACGACAGCCAGUAUACAAAUACUGUAGAUAAACUGCUAAAACAGUUCAAGGUCUACUUAAACUCUCAGAAUAAGGAUGAAAUUAACAAACAUUUUCAAUCUAUUGAGGCGUUCUCCAACAAAUACAACAUUACGGCCUCAAACGCAAUAACAAGAUUGGAAAGAGGUAUACCAAUUACGGCCGAACAUGCGAUCUCCACUUCCAUCCCAACCCCGUCUGGUGAACAGGGUUCCUCUAACGAUAGAAAAUUCAAUGCCAAAAACGUCGCUGAAGCCACCGGUAACUUCAUCACCGUAAUGGAUGCUUUGAAGCUGAACUAUAAUGCCAAAGAUCAAUUGCAUCCCCUACUGGCAGAACUUUUACUCAGUAUAAACCGUGUCACCAGGGACGACUUUGAAAAUAGGUCGAAACUAAUCGAUUGGAUUGUCAGGAUAAAUAAGUUGUCAAUCGGUGAUGCCUUAAACGAAACACAAAUCAGAGAACUACUGUUCGAUUUGGAUCUAGCCUAUAAAAGUUUUUAUGCCUUAUUAGAUUAA